GACGGAGAUGUACACCGUCCCCUGCGACUCCCACCGCGUCCGCACCACCGUGACCUCCGAGCCCUCCGUCGUGCGCCGAUGGGUCCACGCCAUCCGCCACCGCUACAGCUUCCACCGCCACAGCGGUCGUCUUGUGGCGGGCCUGGGCGUCCAGUGGGUCCCCGGCUCCGCCUACGCCGCCACACUCCAGCUCUGCGUGGGCUCCAACUGCCUCAUCUUCCAGCUCAGCCACGCCCACCGCUGCCCCGCCGUGCUCCGCCGCUUCCUCCUCGACCCCGACGUCAUCCGCGUGGGGCUCUGGAACCACAGCGACGAGGCCAUGCUGAUGCGCUCGGAGCACGCGCUCCAGGUGCGGCAGCUGCUGGAUGUGCGGAAUGCGGCGCGCGAUCUGAGGGGGUGCCGCCUCGGGGCGUCGAUGGGGGAGCUGGCGGAGGAGAUUUUGGGGAUUUACGGGAUGGAGAAGGAUAAUGAGGUGGGAAGGAGCGACUGGGAGGAUGAGGAUCUCACGUGGGAGCAGGUCGAGUAUGCUUGCCAUGAUGUUUUUCUUUCCUUUUUGAUGGCUCUCAAACUCAGCGUUUGGGACUGGGAAGCUCAUCAUGGAUCUGUCGUCUUUUCAUUUUGAUUUCGGAGUGGAUUUUCAUUUUGUGGAUUUUGGUUAAUGAACUUGUAAGUAUUUCA